CGGAACUUGAAAGAAAAAGGAUGGAAUGGCAGCAAUACUUGUACAACUCUUUCCGGCAGUUCGUCCCACUCAUCCCUCCCAAGUUUCAUCCAUACCUUGAGCUCGUCGUAAAGCGGGAUGACAUCUUCGGGAGGAGUGUCCGGGAUCGACUCUCAGAGCUGUUGAGGCUCCCCAAGUCUACCCUUCAGAAACCUCUCAGGGUUAUCUUUGAAGGGGAAAGGGGUAUUGACGAGGGAGCACUGAGUGUGGAAUUUUUCCGGCUCGUGUUUGACGAAAUUCUGGACCCGGAAAAGAACGUCCUUUUCCGACAUAUCAACGAAGAUGACCCGACCCAGUCACAAGUCUGGUUCAGAGAGGAAUGUCCCACCAAGGAUACAGCGAUGAUGUGUGGUCUGUUGUUUGGGAUGUCAUUGUUCAACAACGCACUUGUACAAUUGCCAGCUUUCCCACAACUGCUCUAUGCGAAGCUGCUAGGAAAAGGCCCCAAGGAAGAAAUGGAGGAGAUUAGAGAGCUGGACAAGGACUUCGCAGAUCGAAUGUCGAAACUACUUCAUGGGACGGAGGAAGAGGUGUCUGGGAGUCGCUAUGAUGACGAGCCAGAGCUAGACAAUGGAGGCAGAGUCGAGGUCACCAAAGCAAAUGUACACCGGGCCAUUCGUGAGGGCAUCUUAAGCCGUCGUGUGACCGCCGGUGGAUUUUGCAGGCUCCCGCCGGCAGCAACUUCGUGA